ACAUUAUCCGGUACCAGUGCCUGCCAGGGUUCACCCUGUUGGGCUCGGAGAUCCUGACGUGCAGGCUGGGGGAGAGACUCCAGAUGGACGGCCCUCCACCUCUCUGCCAAGUACAAUGUCCUGCUAACGAGGUCCGCUUCGACUCCACGGGGGUGAUCCUGAGUCCCGGCUACCCAGACAGUUACCACAACCUCCAGACGUGUUCCUGGCUCAUCAACGUAGAGAAGGGCUACAACGUCACCCUCCACUUCCAGCUCUUCCAGACAGAGAAGGAGUUUGACAUCCUGGAGAUAUUUGACGGUCCUAACAUCUACAGCCAGAGCCUGGCGUCCCUCAGCGGUGACAUCACCACGCCUUUAACCUCACGACCUCUGGUCAUCAGUUGCUUCUGCGCUGGUCGUCUGACCACGGCACCAACAGGAAGGGCUUCCACGUCAGAUAUGUGG